ACGCUUUUAGACGGAUACAGUUCCCACGAAUCAUGACUUUCGCUCCUACUGGUUUUUCUCUCUUUGUCUUGAUCACAUAUCCCCAUCCUCCAGCACUUGUCUUUCUUUGGCGCUCGCCAGUUACUACUUGCAUCCAAAGCUGUAGCUGAAGCCCAUAUUUGGCUUUACCUAUAGCAUUAUGCGCAAAAGCGGUGGCAUUGUGUUUUAUUGCCUGCGUUCGCAGCUACCUGUGGAGACAUACGAUGGUCACAUGCCAUCAUGUUUGCAUCACCAUCCUCAUCAGUAUAGGAUAGUCUGCCAUUUGUCUAUAACUAGAGGUCAUACUUCUUCUCAUUCUUACUUUGGUUCCCCAAGUACGCGAUUGAUGUUUGUUUUUGUUUUUGUGUUUCUGGGUCUGGGUCUGGAUUGGCUUUGUACGUUUGAUCACUUUGGAUGGUCCGGUUCUCUCUUCUACUCAUUAGCCCGCGCUGUUUUGAGAUUUAGAUGGAUGGACGAGGCUGGCUCACGUACUUGCAUAUAGAUUGGCUGCCGUAAGGCAAGGAUGCUUCAACAUGAAUAUGUGAGCUUGGCACAUAGAAUCAGAAUAUAUACGGAUAUCGAUUACAUCUCUGUUACCUAACGACUUGGCUUGUAAUUCUCACAGUGCAAUCGAAC